AUGCUUGUGCGGUACGGCGCAGUCCUUCAACUAUUACUCUUCUCCUUAGACAACGCCGCGGGCUUUAAGUCUAAUAGAACCUAUCUUCUCCAUUUCCAGAUAUCACCACGCGCCAUAGUCUCGGACGCGUGCGCAUCAUACUCUACCCUCGAGCGGCUGAACAACAACCUGAAGCCGGCCAUCGACGACCUCACGAGAUCGACCGAUUUCUUCUCCCACUACAGACUCAACCUCUUCAACAAAAAAUGCCCAUUCUGGAACGACGAGGGCGGCAUGUGCGGAAACAUUGCCUGCGCGGUCGAAACGCUCGACAAUGAGGAGGACAUACCCGAGGUCUGGCGUGCCAGCGAGCUAGGUAAGCUCGAGGGUCCGUUGGUCGAGCACCCGAACAAAAAGGCCCAGAAGGAGCAGCCGGAGAAGCCGCUGCGUGGAAAGCUGGGCGAGGAUGUGGGCGAGAGCUGUGUCGUCGAGUAUGAUGACGAGUGCGACGAGCGCGACUACUGCGUGCCAGAGGACGAGAGCGCUUCCGCCAAGGGAGACUACGUCAGCUUGUUGAGGAAUCCUGAGCGGUUCACCGGGUACGCCGGCGCCGGUGCCGCCCAGGUCUGGGACGCCAUAUAUCGGGAGAACUGCUUCUCGCGGUCAUCAUUCCCGAAUGCUCCAAAACCGCCGCCAUCGACUUCGACAGGCGGCCUCUCGACCAACACCAGGAACCCGGCAGCUAUGGACUUCCGAUCCGUGUUGGAGGCAGCGGGGCGGCAGCAGGUAUUGCAGGAGAGGCGUGCCGAGGAGCCCAACACACCUUUCGUGGCCAAGACGGGCCUGGAGAGCGAAGACGAGUGUCUCGAGAAGCGAGUCUUUUACCGCGUCAUCUCGGGCAUGCACGCGAGCAUUAGCACGCAUCUGUGCUGGGACUUUUUAAACCAGACGACAGGGCAGUGGCAGCCGAACCUGGCCUGCUACGAGAACCGUCUGCACCGGUUCCCGGAGCGGAUCAGCAACCUCUACUUCAACUACGCGCUCGUGACCCGCGCCAUCGCCAAGCUCGGGCCGCACCUGUCGGGAUACACAUUUUGCACGGGCGACCGGGACCAGGACGCUACGACGCGCGCCAAAGUCCUGGCCGUCACGCAGGGUGCGGCCAGCGUGCCCCAGACCCUGGACGAGUCCCUCAUGUUCAAGAACGGCGAGGGCCCAUCGCUCAAGGAGGAUUUCCGGAACCGGUUCCGCAAUGUCAGCCGUUUGAUGGAUUGUGUGGGCUGCGACAAGUGCCGCCUAUGGGGCAAGCUGCAAACGGCCGGUUACGGCACGGCCCUCAAGGUCCUUUUUGAGUUUGACAACGUCAAGAACGGCGGAGAAAUACCACUGGUCCUUAAGAGGACCGAGCUGGUGGCGCUGUUUAACACGUAUGCCAGGCUCAGCUCUUCGCUCAGCGCUCUGGGACAGUUCAGGCAGAUGAUCGAGGAACGUGAAGGCCUCAAGAGCGUGCACGAUCAAGAAUAUCGACCAAAAGAGAGCGAGUCUACCAGCACCAAUAGUAUACCCGACCGGGCGAGGAAGCCGCAUCGUGUGAUGGACGAUGCCGAACAUGAGGCGGAGGAAGACGUUCCUCGCUACAAAGAACCGGAGAAUCUCACCGAGGAAUUUUAUCAGGAACUGGACCAAGUCUACAGAGUGUUCAAAUAUAUUAUCAAGCAGUGGGCUACAUUCCCAAUUACCAUUUGGCAUAUUCUCUCGAGCGAGUUCACUCGGUUCUGGCAAUUCUACCUUGGCUUGCCAGUGUCACCACGAUCAUGGGCUUUCCAACGGCCCAACCUUGACGAGCUAUGAUUUGAGGAUGUGACCCCUUUGCAUUAAUUUUUCUAUUGGUUGCAUGUGGAUGACUUGUUAGCACUCACCACAAGAUAAGGGACCUUUGACGUUAUCGGGAGCGUGGCUGCUGGUGCUUUAGCACUUUUGCGGGAAAUAGAUGGAUUUUUUGGUUAUAUUUUGCGUCUGGAGUUAUGGGGUUCGGAUCAGCAUGCACGCAUUAUCACUGUGCCUUCUGCAUUUUUCUGAAUGUAUAUAUGGCGGACCUUUUAAAAAUAAGGUUUUACUCCCAUUUACGUUACAGUAAAUUAUCAAAUGUAAUAUCCUACGUGCCAAAUAGCGAUCCGGUUUGUGCACGUUUCUGUCCAUACUCGGCCAAAGACAAGCUGGUGAUGACGUUGCCAAUCUUGACCUUGACGGACUCGAUGGGAAUCUCCAUCGCGGCCACCUGGUCCCGGAAGCUCUCAUACACCGCGUCCGUUCUAGAUUGGAGAGAUCCUGUCACAUCAGUGAACGACCAAGCGACAGAGAUAUGGAAUCGAUCCAUUGCUCUUCCGCCAUCAGAGUACAGCUCCGGCUGACCAAACUCUCUGACCACCUCAUUGCACCUUUCGAGCAAGCGGACCAGGCCCUGGUUGCCACCAUCGCGGCCUUCCUCCUGCACACGUAGAACCAAGAACGCGCGAUUCGAGUCUGGCGAUCUGUGCCACGACAAGGCAGACGGACAAACGGCGAAGCGCGAGAACGAUCGCAGCCGGAGUGCGCCUGGAACACGCGACAGGAAAUUGUCCUUUUGUUCUGUGGUCAGCACGAACGGGCGCGAGAGGCUAAUGUGCAGCGGCAGCGGGGUGCCUAGGUCGCUUGUCAGGAAGCUAUGCAGCUCAGCCCCGGCUUGGUGGCCGUCUGACCGUAAGGCUGAGACUAAGGCACUUAGUACAUCGCACUGCGCUUGUGAGGGGAACCCUGCGGGGAAUUUUUGUAUCGAGAGGUCAGCCUAGAAUAAAACGUGUCUGAAAUGUGGUACGACGUGGGGGAAAAAAAAACCCCCCCUAAAGGGAGGAACAAACAUUCGAUAUAGAUGUGGCUCGGCCAGUUCCCGACCACGUGAGGGAUCUGACGAGACCGUCCGUGGUGCAGAGUUGGGUCAUCACGGGUGCUGGUGCGAACUGUUGAGGCAUACAAGUCAUGGAAUGAAGCCGGAAGCGGCGGUAACGAGGCUGAUGAGGCUCCAGUGCCAUCUCUCAAUAUUGGCGCCGACUUUGAUGCUUCUUCGGUGGCCGAGUCGUCA